AAUUGAUGCAAGAGAUAGCGGUUGAAACCUUUGGUGCAAUGGCAAAAACUGAAAAGAUUGCUUUUAUUCUUGAGCAAGUUCGCCUUUGCUUAGACCGUAAAGGCUAUGUUCGGGAUCAAAUCCUUUCCAGAAAAAUCAGUCCCAGAGUUUAUGAUAUUGAUCCUUCAAAAGAAAAGAAAAAACCUAAGGAAGGUGAUGCCAUUGUAGAAGAGACCCCUGCUAAUAUUCCAUCGUUGCCAGAAUUGAAGCGCAUCUAUUAUGAAUUGAUGAUUCGGGGAGUUCAAAAAUUGUUUUUACGGAGUGCUUAGUUCUGUUCUUGCUAGGAUAUCUGUGGGGUUAGAAUUUUCUUCUUUUUGCAUUAAUUUUUUUUCCUUGGGAUUGAAAGUAUAAACUAGUUUCAUUUCUAACUAAGUAGAUUUUGCCAGGUACCGUGACUUAUUUUUUGUAUUUUGUUUUGUUUUAAAUAUUGCAAACAGUCAAUAUAAUGUAGUUUUUUUCUUGAAAUUUUGAGCUUGGAAAAUUUCUGCACGUGCCCUUAUUUCUUUUGUUGAUAUAUGGGGAUUCUUUCACAUUCUUAGAGAGAUUAAGGAGAGAUAGAGAGAAUAGACUAAUGGCAUUAUUGAAGGCAAAGUAAGUAUAAACUUCAAGGGGUAAAAUUUAUGGGGGGACUUUCUAGGCUAAUAAUCCAGGGAAAAUUCUCUAAUUCUGUUAGUUUGGUGGACAGCCAUAGAUUACUUUUAUCCCCUUUGUUCUCAUUCUAUCACUGCUCACCACAUUAGCAUCGUAACUUUACCAACCGAUUCCAUGUCCAGUUACUUACUUUUGUCUCUCUCUCUGUUCCUCUACAUCUCCUCGACCAUUAUCCUUUCUGCAAUCCAAAUUCACUUGCACGAUCUCCAACUUUCUUACACCCUUAGACAUCUUAAAGAAAUAAAAGUUUAGAUAGAGCUUGCAUCCUUUGGAGACUGUCCUAGAAUCUUGUUUCCGGUGACAGCACUUUUGGUAUCAAAAGUGUUGAAAACUAUUGAAUUGCUUUGGGAGAUUGCUUCUAGUGGAAGUGAGAUGCUGGAUUGAGAGGGAAGCAGUGAUGUUGGAAUCCUGGGAAGGGUGGAGAUUGAUGGGUAAGGAGGAUGGAGGGAGUGGAAAGGAGAACAAUUUCUAGGUGGGAAAAUAUUUCCUUCCAUAUAAGUGAAUUGAUAACAAUCCUUAAUUUUAUUCCUCAGUCAUGCAUCCGAAAUCACCCAAAAUAUUACCCCUUGGCAUAUAAACCCUCUGCCCUUUUAAGGAAAGCUGACAAGGGAGGAAAAUAGAAGAAUUUUAUCAAUCCAUCAUAACUCAACUAUCACCUUUACUCUUCAUAGGAAGAGAACCCCUUAUUUAAAUCCAACUUAGAUGAAUAUCUUAUAUUGUAAUGGGUUGUGGGAUAGACUGAAAUAUGCAACCCAUUAAUUCACAAUGCACAAUAGUUCCAAUAUACAAUCUCUAAUCGUCAUCAGAACAAAAUUCUCACUGCCCAAAUCUUAAAACAUCAUAUAUAUAUAAUUCAUGCUUCAUGAAUCAACACAACCAACUAAAACAGAAUUACACAACGCCCAAAUUCAUACUUUAAAUCCCAAAACUCAAGCUAAGUUUUCCAAAAAUUCAAUCAACAGUCGUCACGAAAUCGAAGACACACCCAGACAAAAUUUAAAC